GUGGUUGGCCAGGUAAGCGAGGGGAAGGACAGAAUUUUUCUCUUUGAGAGAACAGUGCACCACCAAGGCUCUCAGAAGAGUACCAUAGCUGGGGCCCAAUGCAGGAGGCUAUGAGCCCACAGGACUCCAAGGCCACAGGAUCUGAGGCCAUGGAGGUGCAGAAGGCCCAGAGUCAGAAUCAGGGGUGUGUGGAGCCCACAGCACCUCCACUUCCUCCUCCUUCACCGCCACCACCAGGGCCACCAGAAUUCCCAAGACCGAGGCUCAUCUUCCACACCCAGCUGGCUCACGGAAGUCCCACAGGCCGCAUACAUGGAUUCACCAACGUCAAGGAGCUGUACGCCAAGAUUGCCGAAGUGUUCAACAUCUCCCCCUCAGAGAUCCUGUUCUGCACACUCAACUCUCAUAAAGUGGACAUGCAGAAGCUACUGGGGGGGCAGAUCGGCCUAGAAGACUUCAUCUUUGCUCAUGUCAGAGGGGAGACCAAGGAGGUGGAGGUAACAAAGACAGAAGACGCACUGGGGCUCACUAUCACAGACAAUGGAGCUGGAUAUGCGUUCAUCAAGAGGAUAAAGGAAGGCAGCACCAUAGACCGACUGAAGACAGUAUGUGUUGGUGACCACAUUGAGGCCAUCAAUGACCAGAGCAUUGUGGGUUGUCGACACUAUGAAGUGGCUAAGAUGCUAAAAGAGCAACCCAGAGGCAUACCCUUCACUCUCCGCCUGGUGGGGCCCAAGAAGGCCUUUGACAUGAUUGGAAUGAGAACCAGAGCACCAAAAUCCAAUGAAGGCAAAAUGGUAAACGGGAGGGAGACACUCCGCCUUCGCUCCAAGGGUGCUGCUACAGUUCAGGAAGUGCAGAAUGAGUUUGAAGAACAGGCCACCAAGAAAGUGGAUGAUCUGCUGGAGAGCUACAUGGGCAUCAGAGAUCUAGAGCUGGCCACCACCAUCGUGGAAGCGGGCAAAGACAAGAAGAACCCUGAUGACUUUGCAGAAGCUUUGGACUCAGUUUUGGGAGAUUUUGCUUUCCCUGAUGUGUUUUUGUUUGACGUAUGGGGAGCUAUUGGAGACGUUAAGAAUGGUAGAAUUUAGGCAUUUAAGGCAUUAAGAAUGUGUAUAAGCCGUUAAUGUUGCCUUCUCAGUCCUUACAUUCAUUUUAAAUAACUCUCUUUAAAACCAGGAUAAGGGCUGCAGUUAAUUCAACCAUUUCCCUUUGAACAGUCAAACUGGCAAUUUGCUCAUAAUCAUCACUCAAAAUGGCAAAUCUUUCUAAUAUCCACACAACACAGAAAAUUGCAGUGUAGCAAAAGUAUGGGCUUAUUUCCAUUGUGAUUUAAGAUAAAAGUUAAUAAAAUGAGGGUUCUUUCUGCAAUUAGAGCAAAAUCUAAAGGACAGGUUAACAUGUAUUAUUGCUGCAAAACAGUGGACAGUCAUCCAACCUCCCAGGAAACAGGAAGGAAUCAAGGAGACAUUUUUGGGUAAUCCGUAAGUCAGAACGUAUUAGCCUACUUCUCCAUUACCAAUAACCUAUACAAGUUCAAGGUUUAUUUGCAUGUUUUAUAAGUUAUACAGUGUUUUUCAGUAUAUUUAUGUAGCUAUAGUUUGCCCUUUCUAAAAUAAGUAAAGUUUUCUGGUUUAGAAUGAGAGAAUGUAAAUAUAAUAGAUCAGAAUCUUUAGUAUCAUUGUUGUUUAAUAUUUCUGCCCUCUCUUAUAGUCAC